AUGUUGAUGGAUGAAUUGGACAUUCAUUUGAAAAUGCCUAGGGUGUCAGCUCAUCAAAAAAAUAGAUCAAAUCCGAAUAACAUAAAUAAUUGUGAAGACUAUUUCAGAAUUACAAUUUUCAUUGGUGAUAUAUUACCAAAAAAUGUUUUUGAUACUUUGGAUGCAUGUUGUAGGAUAAUCUUCCCAACAAUUAAAUCCUUGAUUUCUAUACUUGCUAGUUUGCCAAUUAGUACUGCUUCCGCUGAACGCAGUUUUUCCACUUUGCGCAGAUUAAAAACAUGA